AGGCUCAAGCUGUCGCCCCUGCCGGAGCGCUCCUACCGCUCCUUCACGCAGCUGGAGGCGGUGGUGCGCGUGGAGCCCACGGGCGACGUGCUGCUCACCGUGGCGGACGUGGAGAACAGGAGGGGGCCGCCGGCGCCGGGUUCGCGGAGGCGGCCUGGGCUGGGGACCUGGCCGCGCCAGCGGAGGCCUGCGGCCCGGAGGAGAUCCGACGGCCCCAUCGACGUGUUCUCCGACGCCCUCGUGAAGCACCUGCCCGUCCUGCUUGCCACCCGCGCC